AAAAAACUCAGGAGCAAAGGUCAGUCGAGAGGUAGGCUACGCAGAUCGGGUGUUUUCCAGAUAUCCUGGGUUUGGAAAUAGCAGAUGCGACAUCUCAACAGGAGAGUACAGGAGCAAAGAUGUCGCUGUUAAUGCAUUAUAGGGGUUCCUGUAAGAUGGCUGUCAUAUGUGUGAUUAUAUUCUGCAUGCUCCUGGUAUUCCAUCCCCCCGUGGAUGAGGUCUCAGAAGUCAUGUGUGCAUGUAAAGACUGUGUCAGACAGCAGACCCACAGUCUGUGGUUCAAUGAACUCUAUGAUCUCUCUGUUGAACCACUGCUCACCCGGGAAAAUUACAUCCUCAGAGAAGAUAUCUACAAAUACUGGAAGGGUCUUCAGAAAAAUAAGAAUGAAGGCAACUAUGAAGCAGUGGUGGAGAAGUUGUUUUCUCUAUUUCCAGAUAACACACAAUACUCAGAUGCUAGUCCAAAGCGCUGCAGGACUUGUGCUGUGAUCGGAAACUCAGGAAACCUUAAAGGAUCCCGCUAUGGACAUCUCAUAGAUCUUCAUGACUUUGUCAUUAGGAUAAAUAUGGGCCCAACAAAAGGUUAUGAGACAGACGUGGGUUCUAAGACCACUCAUCGGUUUAUCUAUCCUGAGAGCGCUACAGAUGUGGGCAACUCCACAUACCUGGUGCUUACCCCAUUCAAGGUUUUGGAUAUGGAGUGGCUCAUCAGUGCCUUCACAACUAAGAACAUCACAAGCACAUACAAGAAAGUGAGGCCAAGCGUAAAAGCAAAUAGACGUAAGGUGAUGAUUCUACACCCAGCUUUCAUUAAGUACGUCCAUGAGAUUUGGUUGCUGAAACAUGGCAAAUAUCCAUCGACUGGCUUCCUCAGUAUUAUAUUUGCUCUGCACGUCUGUGAUCGGGUCUCAACGUUUGGGUUUGGUGCAGACCAGUAUGGAAACUGGUACCACUACUUUGAGAAAACCUCACAUAAACUUCGCACCGGCGCUCAUAGUGGCAGCUUUGAAUUCAACACUAUGAUGCAACUGUACUUAGAAAACAAAAUUCAGGUGUUCAGAGGGAGAUAGCUAGAGAUAUUGACAUUUGUCAUGCAAGGAUUUUGCAAAUGCCACGAGGUCUGUGUCAUUAUGAAAGCACUUACCUUACUGUUAUACAAACCACAAGUUUUGCUGCUAUAGGUGACUAUUGAAUGCUUGGUCACAGAUAAUGUAUUUUUGCGCACUUGCUUUGUAUUUGUAUAAAAGUUGUGUUUGUUCUUU